CUCCUCCAGCCCGUCCUGCUUACUGUAGCACAGAUUGCCGAGCCGAACGGACGGGAGCACCAACUCCAGCCCUCUCGCAGUCCCGGGGAUUCGUUUUUUUCCCCCCACACGUCUUCAGCGGAUCGCGUUACAUUUACAUUACUGGGGAUUUAAGCCGUGAGGAGUUUAUCAUUCUUUGGCGAGAGCUCCGUGGACAAUGUUUCUCGUCCAGUACACAGGCUUGAACCCGCUCUCCUUCGACCCGGCCUCCAACAAUGAGCCCCUGCAGUUCACCAGCUCCAACGGCCCCCUGGUGACAGACUGCCCCCUAGAGAACGGGGCCGAGAACAGCAAGAAGAGGAAGAGGCCCAACCUGCCGCCAGAGGGGAUCCGGAACCUUCCCUUGGAGUCCAGCCCCAUGGGGAUGCCCAUGUCUGACCCCAACGCCUGGGCCACCGCCAUGAACAACCUGGGGAUGGCGCCGAUGGGCAUGACUGGACAGCCACUACUGCCAGACUUCGACCCCGGCCUCGGCCUGAUGACGGGCAUCGCCCCCAUGAACCCCAUGAUGCCCGGCCUGGGCAUCGUGCCCCCGCCCAUCUCCCAGGACAUGCCCAUCAUCAAGGAGAUCAUCCACUGCAAGAGCUGCACCCUGUUUCCUCCCAACCCCAAUCUGCCACCGCCUGCCACCAGGGAGAGACCCCCAGGCUGCAAGACGGUAUUCGUGGGCGGCCUGCCCGAAAACGCCACGGAGCAGCUGAUCGUGGAGGUGUUCGAGCAGUGCGGCGACAUCAUCGCCAUCCGCAAGAGCAAGAAGAACUUCUGCCACAUCCGAUUCGCCGAGGAGUUCACCGUCGACAAAGCCCUCUUCCUGUCCGGGUACCGGAUCAGGCUGGGCUCCAGCACGGAUAAGAAGGACACGGGGAGGCUGCACGUAGACUUUGCCCAGGCGCGGGACGACCUGUACGAGUGGGAGUGCCGGCAGCGCAUGCUCGCUCGGGAGGAACGCCACCGGAGACGCAUCGAGGAGGACCGGCUCCGUCCCCCCUCGCCGCCCCCCAUCGUGCACUACUCCGAGCACGAGUGCAGCCAGCUGGGGGAGAAGAUCAAAGACGACUCCAAGUUCGCGGAGGCGGUGCGCAUCCUGCUCACCUGGGUGGAGCGGGGGGAGGUGAACCGUCGCAACGCCAACAACUUCUACUCCAUGAUCCAGUCGUCCAACAGCCACAUCCGGCGGCUGAUGAACGAGAAGGCCGCCCACGAGAAGGAGAUGGAGGAGGCCAAGGAGAAGUUCAAGAACGCCCUGGCGGGGAUCCUCGUGCAAUUCGAACAGAUUGUGAGUGUAUUCCACGCGUCCUCCAAACAAAAGGCGUGGGACCAUUUCUCCAAAGCCCAGCGCAAGAACCUGGAUAUGUGGCGUAAGCAAGCGGAGGAAAUCCGCAACAUCCACAACGAGGAGCUGAUGGGAAUCCGGCGGGAAGAAGAGAUGGAGAUGUCGGACGAUGACAUGGAGGACGUCCCGGACAACAGCAAAGACUCCGACGACUCAGGCCCUGCGGCUCAGGCGGAGUCUCUGAGGGAGGAGAACGACAGCCUGCGGUGUCAGCUGGACGCGUACAGGAACGAGGUGGAGCUGCUGAAGCAGGAGCAGGGCAAGGCCCAGCCGCCGCGCAGCGAGGAGGACGCCACCCGCCAGCAGCAGCUCAACUUCCUGCAGCAGGCCCUGCAGGGCAUGCAGAAGCAACUGCUGAAGAUGCGGGAGGAGCUUAAGCAGAGGGAGGUGGAGCUGGAUAAGACCAGCGAGGAGAAAGUGCAGCUGGAGGGCCAAGUGCAGAGUCUGAAGGAGCGAGCGUUGGCCUUCCCCCUCACGCAGCCCUCUCCUCUGGAGACGUCGGAGAAGGAUGACAGAGGGAGCGAGGAGAGUGCUAAUCAAGCGAAUGAAGCGGCAGCCUCAGCAGUGGUCUCCUGCAGCCAGGAAAAAGAGAACGUUCCGGAAAAGGGCCCCCCCAGCCCUGUGAAGUCGGAAAGGGAGGCCCUGCUCGUGGGAAUCAUCUCCACCUUCCUCCACGUGCACCCGUUCGGAGCCAGCAUCGAGUACAUCUGUUCUUACUUACAGCGCUUGGACACCAAGAUCAGCACGGCCGAGGUGGCAGCUCUCCUGGCCAGGCUGCCCUGCACCUUCCGACAGGAGCUGACGGGCGUGGGCGCCAGCCUGGAGAAGAGGUGGAAGUUCUGCGGCUUCGAGGGCAUCAAAACCGCCUAGGGCUGCCGACACCAAGGGCCAGGAACCUCGGGAAGAGGGUGGGGAGGGGGAGCUUUCAAAAUCAUCUGCCAAUGGCCUGAGCCUGAGUGUGCCGGUCCUGUCUGUGGGACAACGUGGAGCACACGGGCGGGGGCCUGGUACCGAGAGACACCGCCCGUCCGUCCGUCCGUCCGUCCGUCCGACUGCAGGCCUCACUGUCUGUCUGUCCAGCCGGAGCGGGACCAAGUGGGCCAGCGCAGAAGACCGGGGUCUGCUCACGGCUUCGUUCUGUCAACCGUCCUUUUCUUUGUCUCACCCGUUUCUUUUCCUUCUGUAAAUAAGUAUAUAAAUAACAUAUGAAUAUAUUUCUUCACUAUCUGUACAGGAUGUUAACUGUCCCGUAGUGGCUUUUCGUUUAUAUAAGCAAUUCAUGUCUAAAUAAUAAAAAGAAAGACUUCACUUUGUAAACAAAAGAGGGGUGGCGAUAAGAGAGAAUGGAGGUCUUGUUUCAUUUUAAACUUGUGAAAAGGGUCUUGAGGGCUUGUGAUAAAAGCGGAAUGAUGGGAAAGGUUACCGUGACAUGGCCGCUGUGAUAAACGGCUUGUUUGGUCUGAGCUGCCUGCACAGGAGGGGGAGGCCCUGAGUCAGGCAGGGGAGCUCCAGCCUGGCUCCUCCAGACACGCCGCCCAACGCCUCCAGAUUCGGCCCUAACCCUGGGCCCCGAGGACCGUGACCCGGUUUCCGCACACCAACGGCACGGCGACUGUGUUCGCCUUCAUGAGAGACAGAGAGAAAGAGAGAG